AUGCCCACGUCUGGCCAUUCAGACAUGCCUCUCACUCCCCCGGACGAACAGUCCAUCGAGAGAGAUCUCCAUGAGACGGAAUACCCUUCGGUUUCCAGCCAUUUCGAAUACGCAGUGGAUACUCAGGGCAAUGUGAUCCACGGAUCGUCCUCUCGACACCCACCGAUUGAAUCAGUGAUGUAUUCCACACCGCCAGCUUACUGGCAUCCUUCUAUGCCAACUUCACACCCGAUGUUCCCCAACCAGAAGAUGGAAACACCUCCUUCCACAAAUGACGAACCAUCUGAUCAACCAAGCCCAAAUUGGUCACCAUCUUCACAGCGCCGGAUAACAUUCCGGGCUAGAGCCACCCGAUCUCCUCGCGAAAGGCGCCCUCGUGCUCGCAGAAACACUACCAGAGCAGCGCGGUCUCCUAGAGACGUACCUCUUAGUGUCUCGAGCGCGCAUCUGUCGGACACCGUUUCAGUCCGCAACAUGCAUGCCUGGGUCCAUCGGUCUGUAGAAGAGAGACAUCAACAGGCCGAAACAAAGAAGAAAGUUCCUCGGCCGAUGAACGCCUUCAUGAUGUAUCGGUCUGCUUACGCGGAUAGAGCGAAAGCGCUUUCUGGCCACACAAACUAUCAGGUUGUCAACUCUGACAUAGCUGACAGCUGGGGCAUAGAAUCCGAGGAGAUCAAGCAUUAUUACAGGGAAUUGGCUAUCACCGAGCGGGAAAAUCACGCGCGUGCCUUCCCUGACUACAAGUUUAAGCCAGUUAGGGGGCCAGCGGUCGCAGCCGUACCACCGCCAGUCUCUUCGCCACCCAAUUCCAUUACCAGUGGAACCUUGGUGGAUCAUGGCAGUCCUCAGUGGAGUGAUUGUGACACUCUCCCGGGCUCAUUCCACGAUCGAUCCUACAGUUUUUCACUUGAUCCUAUUUAUCACAGCCGCUCAAAUACACCGGCAGGCUAUCCCGAUAUGGCCAAUGGCUACAUGACGCUUGCCUGGAAUAGCUAUCCAGGACAAAGCCACCCCACCAUCCAGCCUAGUGCUUUACAAAGUGGAAUGCUUGAGGCCAUGCAAUACCACCACUCCAGCCCUCCUCCUCAGGAACUUCAGUAUGGCAUAUCCAAUGGCCUAAAUGGACUUCCUGGUGGUUCCCACCAUGAUCUGCUGCAGCCCCAGCCGAGCCAGUCUUACUCUAGUCACGUUGAAGACGGCAGCCUGGAUCCCCAGAUGCUCAGCUACGAUAGCGAGUCUGGUAUUUCAAACCUGCCCCCCGCAUACCCUGCAGUGCCAAACCCAUAUCCUGAUUGGGACGAUGAGCCCGCGGGCCCGUACCUGAGCACAUUGGCUCCACCUCCAUCAGGUGCAUCGACCCCGGCUUCAUACAGUCAGAUGAUGGUUUCUUCCCUGCCUGCCUGUAUGCAACGAGCCCCUUCAUGGGACUCCAGCCACCAUGAUCUCACCGAGGUGGGUGAGCAAUGGGAUGGGCAUAGCACUUCGGUGAACUUCUAA